AUGGCUGUCAAGAAGUCUGUGGUUGUAACCAGUGGCAUGCGGUCAGGGGAGGCAGAUUUAAAAUUACAAAAUGUCAAUCUGGAGCUAUUUGAAAACAUGGAGCGCCACAGAACAAUGGGCUUCAUCAGCUCCAAAGCUCUGGUGGUGCGGAGAGGAGCCCCAUUUGCAGUCAGUCUGCAACUGGGAGGCCGACUCCUCAACCCCAAGACUGACUCUCUGAGGAUCAAGAUCAUGCUAGGUCGCCUGUAUGUGGUCAUGCCAGUCACUUUGUCCAGGAAGAUUUCCUCCUCCCAAUGGAAAGCCUUUAUGGACCCUAAGGACUUGAACCUCCAGAACCCCACGAUCUUCAUUUCCUCUCCUGCCGCUGCCUCAGUGGGUCGCUACAGAUUUCAACUGUGUGUGUUCAGUCAGAGUGGAAAGAGGAGCUGUGUAUUCGGCAAAUUCUCCCUGCUCUGCAACCCCUGGUGUUCUGAGGAUGCAGUUUAUAUUCCAUUUGAGGACCAGAGAGAAGAGUACGUCGAGAGCGAUUCUGGGUUGCUGUUUAUGGGGACAGCAAAGAACGUCGUGUCAAGACCGUGGUCCUUUGAUCAGUAUGAGCCUGGUGUUCUGGAGACGUGCCUGAAUCUGCUCCAAGUCAGCCCUCAGCACAACAAGAACAGAAGAAGGGACUACCUGAACCGAAGCAACCCUGUCUACAUCAGCCGCGUUGUGUCUGCCAUGAUCAACAGUGAGGAUGAUCGUGGAGUGCUGAAGGGGAACUGGUCAAAUAACUUCAAACAAGGUGUCCAUCCCUCCACGUGGACUGGGAGCGGGGACAUCCUGAAACAAUGGGCCCAGUCUGGUUACCGCCCAGUCAAGUAUGGACAGUGCUGGGUGUUUGCAGCUGUCAUGUGCACAGUGAUGCGUGUUCUUGGCAUUCCUUGUCGUGUCAUCACCAACUUUGACUCCGCUCAUGACACCAAUGACAACCUGGUGAUUGAGGAGUACUACAGUGAAACAGGGCAGAAGCUGAAGCGCAGCAACGACAGCAUAUGGAACUUCCAUGUCUGGGUGGAGGGCUGGAUGACUCGCCGGGAUCUGGGAGCAGAACUGAACGGCUGGCAAGUUCUUGACCCGACCCCCCAGGAGAGGAGUGGAGGAGUGUUUUGCUGUGGCCCAGCUCCUGUCAAAGCAAUCAAGACUCAGAGUAUGGACCUGCGUUAUGACGUCCCAUUCGUCUAUGCUGAGGUGAACGCAGACGUCCACACCAUCAUCCUGAGCCAGGGAAGGGUGGUCAGCAUGAGCAAAGACACAGAAAGAGUGGGAUCUCUGAUCUGCACCAAAGCUGUUGGCUUCCCCAGAAUGCAGAACAUCACAGGAGACUACAAAUUCAUCAAAAGUCCGACUUCAACACUUUCAUCAAGAAGUUCAUCAACAAUUUCAGAUGAGUCAACAUUAAGCAGAGAAAGCUCAUCCAAGGCAGUGCUUGUCUUCCUGAACCUGGAUAAAUCUCCAGUUGCUGGGGAGCCCGUCCGCUUCACGGUGCAGGUUGUGAACAAGCAGAAUGUUGCCAAGAUGAUGAAGGUGCAUUUCAACGCCCAGGCCAAAGAAUACAACAACAGCCCAUCGGACACCUUCUGGGAGAACCACGGUGUCAUACAACUGGCACCUAUGGAAGCCAAGACACUGCACCAGGAGAUCUCUCCAGCCCAGUAUGAGGACGUGGUGGGAGACGACAUGAUCAACCUUGCAGUUGUCAUGGAGGACAUGAAAAGUGAUGAGCGCUUCCUGGCCUCAGAGGAGUUUAACAUUGCCAGCCCAGAGCUCAUCAUAGAGAUUGCAGAUGAAAGCUCCAUCGCGCUCAACAAAGAGCAGGUGGCCACAGUGACCUUCGUCAACCCAUUUUCUCACCCAGUCAGUGGAGUGCUGACUGUAGCUGGGGCCGGACUGAUCCAGGGCAAGCUUCAGUUCAGGAUGAGCCCACUGGCUCCAGGAGGAAAAGUGGGGCAGCGCAUCACGUUCACCCCCAGCAUGGUGGGAAUGAAGAUGCUGCAGGCCACCCUGUCAUUCACAAACAUCAGAACCACUAUCAGAGGCUUCAAGAUGGUCUCUAUCAGCAGUGUUUAGCUUCUGCAGCUAUUGUUUAUCUAUUUAUGUGAAUCAUGCAUAUGUAAAUGUACAGUUUAUUUAUUUAUUUUGCUAUUUAUUUGCAUUUGCGCCUUGAAAAUUAACAUUGUGCCAACACUGUAUUAAUAUUUGAAAUUGUAAAGCUUUUUUAUGGAUUGUUGUGCUAUUUGGGUGACUUGAAAAAUAAAAUCCAAUAAUGUAUGAA